UGAACUGUGCAUGAAUAAACGUCAACUAUCGGAAAAUAACAACAAACCAGCAACACAACGUGCACCGGCUGCAAAAUACCUGUUAUUUAAUAACUUUACAGCUUAAACUGAGCGAGAUGUUUUCAAUUGUAAUUCGCGGACUGCGAUCUACGCUUCCACGGCAAUCUUUGAUUAUUAAUACUUCGUCUCAUUUUCAUCUUUCGAGUGUUAAUAAGGCCGAAGAUGUGGAAAGUGUUCAAAAGGCUAAAAUAAGUAAAGCAAUGAAGGCUUAUUUAGAACGAGCCAAAGAAUAUGAAAGUUGUAUGGAAACUGCACGACUAGAGUACAAGCUUGGUAAAAGACAUCUUGCCAACAUGAUGGGAGCAGACGUGGAAUCCUUUACCCAAGAAGACAUCGACCAGGCGGUGCAAUAUUUGUUUCCGUCAGGCCUGUAUGAUCCGGCAGCACGGCCGACAAUGAAACCUCCGGAAGAAUUUAUUCCUAGAAAAAAGGGCGCUGAAUUCGAUGAAACUGGUCGACCAUUCCAUCCUUUAUUUUACACGGGGCGUCCGAACUUCUUUCAAUUGCUGUUUGAUGUGGUUGAAAAUAUUAACAAAUUGAACGCACUAGAGGAUUCAACCCGAAUGAAAGGCAAAUCUUUGGAUUCAGUGGGAAAGAAAAUAGACACCACCGGAUCUGAAUGGUUACCAAAAGAAUUGCUGGAAAAGAAAAUUGUGGAAACAAUUUCCGACAUUGAGUACGACAAUUUCAUCAGUGCAAUGAAUCGCCUCGAAGCUCAUCCACUGUCUGAUCGUGUGAAAGAUUUUGUGUUUGAAUAUAGAAAACCACUAAUUUCGAAACUCGACAACGAUACCAUCCCUGUACCGCAACACGACGAAGAUGGGCGGCAGUGUGUGACAAUAUAUGAAUGCUUGCGUAAAACAGCACGCGGGGAUGUGACGCUUAAAUUUCCAGGAACUGGGAAAAUUGAAGUGAACGGACAAGACCUUCGCAGCGUAGGAAAUACACAACAACGCGAACAGGUUCUUUUCCCUCUGCUGUUUACUAAAAUGUAUGGAAAAAUUGAUGUUACUGCAAACGUUUCUGGUGGCGGGCCGUCAUCACAGGCAGGCGCUGUGCGUUGGGGUAUUGCGAUGGCAUUACGUAGUUUUGUCGACGAGGAUCAGAUUGCUCGAAUGCGUGUUGCUGGUUUGCUAACUCGUGACUAUCGUCGUCGAGAACGUAAGAAGCCUGGUCAAGCCGGUGCCCGAAGGAAGUACACUUGGAAAAAACGUUAAUUUCGUAUGGUAUUGUGAAUGUAAGCGAAUCAUAGUUUUUUAUUAAAUAUGGUAAUGAAUAAAUUUCGCUAAUGUAGAGAUAAAAAA